AUGAGCGAUAGGCAUCGACAACAGGAGCGACAUUCCACCACAGUUCAUCUGCAUCCUCCUUCCCCGUGUGCUGAGUUCUCUCCAGGGUGGGGCGGCGACAUCACCCCCGAGUCCACGCGCCACAGCGCCAGGUUCGCGGCGGCGCGGGCGGGCGGAGGCGCGUCCCCGGAAAGUGGAUCUAAGGCUCGUGGACGCGGAGCCGGGCAGAGCCGAGCUGGGCUUGCAGGACAGAAGGCGAGCGGAGAGCGGCGCAGCGGAGCGCGCCUCGACGGUCGAGCAGCACCAAGUGCCGCAGUCUCGCGUAUCAGACUGGUCCCCAGGAGCGCGAGAAGCCGCAGCCAUGUGGGCCCGAGGGAAGUGGCGAUAGGCAUCGACCUGGGCACCACGUACUCAUGUGUGGGCGUGUUCCGGCACGGCCGCGUGGACAUCCUCGCCAAUGACCAGGGCAGCCGCACGACGCCCAGCUGCGUGGCCUUCACCGACACCGAGCGGCUGGUCGGAGAUGCGGCCAAGAGCCAGGCGGCGCUGAACCCGCGCAACACCGUGUUCGGCGACAAGCGGCUGAUCGGGCGCAAGUCUGCGGACGCGACUCUGCAGGCGGACGCGAAACACCGGCCCUUCCAGGUGGUGAGCGAGGGCGGCAAGCCCAAGGUGCGCGUGUCCUACCGCGGGGAGGACAAGGCGUUCUACCCCGAGGAGAUCUCGUCCAGGGUGCUGAGCAAGAUGAAGACGGCCGAGGCGUACCUGGGCCAGCCGGUGAGGCACGCUGUGAUCACGGUGCCCGCCUACUGCAACGACUCGCAGCGCCAGGCUACCAAGGACGCGGGUGCCAUCGCGGGGCUCAACGUGCUGAGGAUCAUCAACGACCCCACAGAGGCCGCCAUCGCCUAUGGGCUGGGCCGGCGGGGCGCCGGAGAGCGCCGCGUGCUCGUUUUCGAUCUGGGCGGGGGCACCUUCGACGUGUGGGUCCUCACUAUUGACGCUGGUCUCUCUGAGGUGAAAGCUACGGCUGGAGACACCCACUUGGGCGGGCAGGACUUUGACGACCGGCUGGUGCACCACUUGACAGAGGAGUUCCGACGGAAGCACGGGAAGGACCUGCGUGGGAACAAGCGGGCCCCACGCAGGCUUCGCACGACCUGUGAGCACGCCAAGCGCAUCCUGUCCUCCAGCACCCGGGCCACUCUGGAGAUCGAUUCCCUGUUCGAGAGCGUGGACUUCUACACGUCCAUCACUCGAGCCCGCUUUGAGGAACUGUGCUCGGACCUUUUCCAGAGCACCGUGGAGCCAGUGGAGAAGAUCCUGCGGGACGCCAAGCUGGACAAGGCCCACAUUCAUGUUGUUCCAGUGGGCGGCUCUACUCACGUUCCCAAAGUGCAGAAGCUGUUGCAGGACUUCUUCAACGGCAGGGAGCUGAGCAAGAGCAUCAACCCGGAUGAGGCAGUGGGCUAUGGGGCUGCUGUGCAGGCAGCAGUGUUGAUGGGGGACAAGUGUGAGAAAGUGCAGGAUCUCCUACUGCUGGACGUGGCUCUGCUCUCCCUGGGGCUGGAGACAGCAGGUAGAGUGAUGACCACGUCGAUCCAGAGGAAUGCCACCAUCCCUACCAAGCAGACCCAGACUUUCACCACCUAUUCAGACACCCAGCCUGGGGUUCUGAUCCAGGUGUGUGAGGGUGAGAGGGCCAUGACCGGGGACAACAACCUGCUGGGGCUCUUUGAGCUCAGUGGCAUCCCUCCUGCCCCUCGUGGGGUCCCCCAGAUCGAGGUGGCCUUUGACAUCGAUGCCAAUGGCAUCCUGAAUGUGGUGGCCACCGAUAGGAGCACAGGCAAGGCCAACAAGAUCACCAUCACCAAUGACAAGGGCCGGCUGAGCAAGGAAGAGGUGGAGAGGAUGGUUCAUGAGGCUGAGCAGUCCAAGGCUGAGGAUGAGGCCCAGAGGGACAGAGUGGCUGCCAAAAACUCCGUGGAGGCUCAUGUCUUCCAUGUGAAGAGCUCCUUGCAAGAGGAAAGCCUUAGAGACAAGAUUCUUGAAGAGGACAGGAGCAAAGUACAAGACAAAUGUCAGGAAGUCCUUGGCUGGCUGGGGCGCAAUCAGUUGGCAGAGAAAGAGGAGUAUGAGCAUCAGAAGAGGGAGCUGCAGCAAAUCUGUGGUCCCAUCUCCUCCAGGCUCUAUGGGGGGCUUGGUGUCCUUGGGGGUAGCAGUUGUGGAGCUCAAGCCGGCCAGGGUGCCCCCAGUACUGGCCCCGUCAUUGAACAGGUCGACUGAAUGGCCCCUCCUGACAAGUCAGCUCUGACUGUAAGGGCUGGGCUUAUGGGCCCCCUAGACUUCUGUGACCCUGCCCUGUAACUACAGGAACGAAAGUGGAGGGGAAUCUUCCCCCCAAACAGGAUGCUUUCUUCUGACUAUGUUUUAUAACUGAGGUCUUUGUCCUUUGACUUUUUU